GCCGACUUCCGCACUGCCAAGUACUGGCCCGCCGAGUGGCACCAGAGGAACUCAUAUCUGUACCACAAGGCCUUCACCGGCUGCGAGCAGGCUGAGCGUGGCCGGGCCGAGGCCAAGGAGCUGGCCGAACAUGCCGCUGCCACCGCCCAGCACGCCCAGCAGGACUCCACAUCCGCCCUGGGCCAGCGCCUGCAGGACAUACACUUCUGGAAGGCUGAGCUCCAGAAGGAGAUAGAGGACCUAGAUGCCGAGACUGGCCUGCUGGCAGCCCAGAAGCUGCGGCUGGAAAGGGCACUCGAUGCCACCGAGGUGCCCUAUGCCAUUGCCACCGAUAACCUGCACUGUCGGGAAAGGAGGCAACCCCCAGAUCUCGUCAGUGAUGAGGUGGAGAGGGAGUUGCUGAAGGAAACUGAACUUAUCAGAAGUAUCCAGGAGCUUUUGAAAAGAACUUUGAUGCAAGCUGGUAACCAGAUGCGAUUAAAUCGAAAUCACAAAGAGGUUUGUGAAAUGGACUGGUCAGACAAAGUUGAAACGUACAACAUUGAUGAUAAAUGUGGAAGAUACAGUAACCAGAGCACCAACAUCCAGUUCCAUUCUAGUUCAGUGAAGUUUGAAGAGAGUGCCUCAACACCAGAGACAUGGGCCAAGUUCAGUCAUGACAACAUCUAUAGGGCAGAACGAGAAAAACUGGCUUCCAUCAAUCUUCGUGCCUUGAUUGACAAUAUUCUUCAUGACGUAUCUGAGGACCUGAGGAUGCAAUGUGCUGCUGUUAAUGAGGCUUUUGCCAAACGCUGUGAGGAGCUGGAUGAUACAAAACACAAACUAGAGUAUCAUUUGAAAAAAAUCCUUAAGGAGAUUGGAGAUCAAGAAGCUAACAUUGCUGCUCUCAAACAAGCUAUCAAAGACAAAGAAGCCCCAAUGAAAGUUGCUCAAACAAGGCUGUAUGACAGGGCUUUUAGGCCCAAUGUAGAGCUCUGCAGAGAUGAAGCACAAUUCAGGUUGAUCAGUGAAGCUGAAGAACUAACGGAGUCCAUUGAAUCCCUGAAGAAAAAACUGCUGGAAUCUGAACAGUCUCUGAGGAACUUGGAAGACACACGGAUGAAUUUAGAAAAAGAAAUAGCUGUGAAAACAAACAGUAUUUUUAUUGAUAGGCAAAAGUGCAUGGCCCAUCGCACACGCUACCCGGUUGUUCUUAAAUUAGCAGGUUACCAGUAGUAAUCUCUGUAACUAUGCAAAGUCUGCAAGAAAAAUGUAGUCUAGAAUCUUUCAUAUAAAAUACAUGGAUAAUAUUAUACACAGAAGUACUGUAUUCACUGUUAUUUUCCUCUAUUUGGGGUAGAAUGCAUUAG